AUAACCAAAAUCGACAAUUCUAAACUUCAUCUCCAGAGGAAACUAACUUCUCUCUCUUGUCGCUCAAAAAAUCCCCAAUUCGCCGAACCCUACUUCCCGUCAAUCUCCGCCGCUCAUAGCCUCCUUCUGCCGCCGCCCGGAUUGGCGGCGGACGGCUCUUCGCUGCUCUACCAUUCGAGGGGCUCUAUUUCUUCCGUCGAUUGCUUAGGGGUUCAGACGGCCUCUUCGAAUCGGGCCGUGAAAGGGGUUGAAUUUGGACUAGGUCCGUCGGCGUCCCAAAGUAGUUUGGAAGGAGGAGUUCUGGGUCUGGAGAUAGUGGUGGCUCGGACGGCCUAUGUUCUCUCCGGAUUGAGG